UUUUGUAGUUGUCGUUUCCUUUGCUGUAAAUGUUAGCUAAGCUAAUCAAGCUAGCUAGCAUGCCACAGUGACUUUUCCUCCACUGGAAGAAGAAGAUACUGUCUUAUCUUGAUGGCUUCGACAUCUCUUGAAAAAGAAACAUGGCGUGAAGGUGACAGUUGUCUGGCUCCCGAUCUGAGAGAUGGGACACUGCGAGAAGCCACCAUCCAGAGACUGACCACCUCUCAUAAUGACACCGUAGCUUGGGUGGUAUUCACUGACCGCAGUGAAGAUGAAGAAGAGGAGGAAGCUGUGCCUGUCUCGAAACUCAUGAGACCAGGCUCGGAUCACCUCACCCAGGAGAAACCUGUAUUUCCCAGCAGCGUCACAGACCCCAGGCUGUGUGUCCCCUUAGAGCUGAGUGAUGUUGAUGGAGACAGAGUCCCCUACACCAUCAACAGAUACCUGAGGGAUUACCAAAGAGAAGGAAUCAGGUUCAUUUACAGCAACUAUGUGCGUUCCAGAGGUUGUAUCUUGGGGGACGACAUGGGCCUGGGAAAAACUGUACAGGUCAUUGGAUUUCUUGCUGCUGUCUUGCACAAAACAGGCACAUGGGAGGACAUCAAGAACAACAGGCCUCAGUUUCUGCAGAGUCAGAUGCCCUCCAAGCAAAGUAAACCCAACAAAGUGUUCCUCAUCGUGGCCCCGCUGUCAGUGCUUUAUAACUGGAAAGAUGAACUGGACACAUGGGGUCACUUCCAGUGUGUGGUGGUCCACGGGCUGAGGAAAGAGGAGGAGCUGGCUCGCAUCAAGAAGGGGCGCAUUGAAAUUGCUCUCACUACCUAUGAGACUCUGCGCCUUUGUCUGGAUCAGUUUAAUAAUAUAGACUGGUCUGCCGUGGUUGUGGAUGAGGCCCACAAGAUAAAAAAUCCAAACUCUCAGAUCACUCAGGCCAUGAAGGAUCUGAAAUGUAAUAUCAGAAUUGGUCUCACCAGCACCAUCUUACAGAACAACCUUGAGGAGCUGUGGUGUGUCAUGGACUGGGCCAUACCUGGUUGUCUUGGCAGCUUAGGACAUUUCAAAAACAAGUUUUCACAGCCGAUUGAGCAAGGGCAGAAGCACAGUGCAACCAAACGAGCCCUAGCUACAGGGAGGAAGAGCGUCAGAGCUCUGGUGAGGAAGAUAUCCCACUGGUUCCUCAGAAGGACCAAAGCUCUUAUUAAGGAACAACUGCCUAAGAAGGAUGACAGGGUGGCUUAUUGCUCUCUGACAGACUUUCAGCAGACUGUGUAUCAGACGGUGCUGGACAGUGAAGAUGUGACAUUACUGCUGAGGUCUUCAGAGAAAUGUGGCUGUCAGAGUGGACGCACCCGCAGAGGCUGCUGCUAUAAAACAAACUCAGAGGGUGUGGAAAUGAAGGAGCUGUACUUUAGUUACUUGGCCAUAUUGAGGAAGGUUGCCAACCAUGUCGCGCUGCUUCAGUCCACCGCAGGCACCAGCAAGAAACAGGAAAAGUAUGUGGGUGGCAUUUGUGCAAAGGUAUUCCAGAAGUUUCCAGACUUUGUGCAGAGAUGCAAAGAUGAAGCGUUUGAGGCCUUGUCUGACCCGAUGUACAGUGGAAAGAUGAAGGUUUUGCAGAAGCUGCUCAAAUAUUAUCUGCAAAAGAGAGAUAAAGUGCUUCUUUUUUCUCUCUCAACCAAGCUGUUAGAUGUGCUGGAGAGCUACUGCAUGGCAGAGGGCCUGGACUACAGCAGACUGGACGGAAGCACCAAAGCCAAAGAGAGAGUCCAGAUCGUCAAAGAGUUCAACAGCCCCUCCCACUCCAACCUCUGCCUGGUUUCUACCUUGGCAGGUGGUGUCGGUCUUAACUUUGUAGGGGCCAACGUGGUAGUGCUAUUUGACCCCACAUGGAACCCAGCCAGUGACCUCCAAGCUAUUGACAGGGCGUAUCGUAUUGGCCAGUGCAGGGAUGUGACUGUCCUUAGGCUGAUCUCUCUGGGCACUGUAGAGGAGGUUAUCUACCUCAGACAAAUUUACAAACAGCAAUUGCAGUGCUCAGUUAUGGGCAAGGAGAGUGCACGGCGGUACUUCGAGGCAGUGCAGGGCCACGGCGUCCACAAGGGGGAGCUGUUCGGAAUCAAAAACCUCUUCAGGCUCCAGAUCCAAGGGACAUGCCUCACCCGCAAGAUACUAGAGCGAGAAGGACAAGUGGAGUCCGGUGUAACGACAACCAGCACACACACAGGCAAAGAGGAGGAGGAGGCGGAGACGAAGGGAGUUAGCGCGGCCCACUCAUCCUCCCAUUCCCACGUGAAAGAGGGGCUACCUCAAACGGGGACCUUCCUGUCUGAACCUGGACGUUCUCCACCUAGAGAUGACCCAGUACCAAAUGAUGAACCAGCCAAGAACAGAGAAGCAUCAGAGGUCCCAAGAGGGGUGCUGGACUUCAGCAGUGGGAGUGACAACGAGGAGGAGCAGGGGCUUAAGAGGAAGGCAUCAAACCCCAGUACGGUGGAUGGCAACAAGGGUGGGAAUGCUGCCCCUGACCCUUGUCGAAUGAGUCUCCUCCAACAUGGUUUCUCCAGACUUCUCGAAAGGGUCAAAGGAAAACCAGAGUUAGGAGAAGGGGACAGUAGUCCGGGUGUUGAUGAAAGCACCUCUGGGGAAGAUGCUGAAGAUCAAAAGAGGGAGGGUACCUCCUUCAGCAUCUGUAAGAAGUCCAAUAUAGGAAAUGGUGCAGCCUGUUUCCCUAAUUUGGGAACGAAAAUCUGGGACACAAAAGACAGGGAGAAUGGACUUGUGGGGAGAAAUGAGAGGGUUUCUCUGGUGAAACAAAGUGAUGAUCCUGUAAGAAAAAGACAGGGCCUGAAAGGGUGGACAAGUAAGAAAAUUACAGUGGAUGAAGAGAUUGAUGAAAGUUCCUCACCAGACAAAAAUAAACCAAACAAGCUCAAAACUACAGUUCCAAAAGAACAUCGCUUUGGUGGUUACUCAGAUGAAUCUGAGGAUUUGGACAUAGAGGCAAUGAUGGGGCCAAAGAGGGAUGCUUCAGAUUCACAUUGUAGAGGAGGAGACAAAGGGAGAGGAAGGUUAGACCACAACAGAAGGAGGCAGAGUGCUAGUGCCAGGGACAAGGCCAGAGCCAGGUACUCUGAAGACAUAGAGACAUUCACAUCUUCAGAAGAUGAACACACUCCUGCUGAAAAAGGGAGACCUACAGGAUGCCACUUCACAUCUCCACGCAGAAAAAGAUCAAGAGUUGAGUUGCCAAAGGAUGGGCAAAGAGCGGCGACAACCAACAGGACGGAGGAACGAGUUGGGGUGUCCAAAUCAGUUUCUUUUACAAAUCUGAAAAGUCAGACAUUCCCGGCACCCAAGGGAAAGGAUAGAACUAUCGACAGUGUGCUAGGCAGCGUACAGGAGGUGAUGUAUACCCACUCUAACCAGCGUGUGGUGGGUGGGAGCAAAGCUGAGGAGCUGAUCAGUAGAGCUGCUGUACGAGACGUGUUUGAACUCAAGAUGUACUCUCAGCUCCCAGCCAAUCACCUGAUAGGCACCAUUGAGAGCCUGCCAGCAAGCCCACCAGACAGUCAGCCUUGCCCAUCUGCUGUCAGACUGGAGAAGCCCAGUGUGGACCAUCCAGUCACCUUCGCCAAGAAGAGUGUGCACCACACCAGACACACCACCUUCAUCAUCGGAGAGACUCCCCAGGCCAUACGCAGGCAGCAGCUGGAGGAAAUGGCGGAAAAAUUCGAAUUUCCCUCAGUUCAUCAGUUUGCAGUGGAGAUUCUGAGAAGACACUCAACUCAGAGACUGGCCUGGCUACAACGCUAUUACACUUCACUGAACCACCCGGACCUGGCUAAUACAGUCACAAACAACUUCCCACAACCUGAUUCAGCACAGACUUCGUCCUCCUGUACACCCACCAAAACAGCUGCCACAAAAUCUUACGCGGAUACCAGAAUUCCACAGAAGGAUGUUCUGAAAGCCAAGAAAAAGCCUAGAUACACUCAGAAGAAUCCUGAACCCAAAACUAAGCCUGAAACCCCACAUAACAAUGUUUCUGUGCCACUGAAAAAGCCUGGAAACCCAAAACAUGAUGUCCAGGAACCCCAGAAAAAGCAAAAGAUCCCACGAAAGAAUGUUCUAGAGUGUCUAAGUGAUGUUCCAAGCCUGCAGUCAGAGGAACAGGAGGAGACGCUCUGUAGUGCCAGAGAACAUAAGAGGACAAAGAGGGUUAGUGUUUCUAGUUCUGGAGCCUUCAGAGCUGGCGGUGGUCUUGGCUUGGAUCCGGCCAGCAGCAGUGGUCUGGGGUCCGGGGAGGCUGCUGCUUUCCUGAACCGCACAGACAGAGAUACCCCUUCUUCUCCGGACCUCAGCCAUGGCAGGUCCACCACGUUAUCCAAACCCACAGCACAGGGAAGGGAGCGAGAACAAAAAUUUUCUUCCAGGACCGGUGAAACUUUUCAAGGCCAGAGAGAAAAUCCUCAGACCCCUUCCCAUCCUGAGGAGGCCACAUCUACCUCCAGUCGCCGUUCCUUCCUCACAGAUCUGAUAGGAGACACCUCAAUCCUGGAUGAUUUGUUAAAACCCAAAUCCAGGGGUGUACAACAGAAGGGCGCUCCAAAAACACCUCCCGCACUCUCCUCUGUGUUAGUCAACCCAUGUCUCACCACAUCCUCUCCAUCCAGAGUCGCUCUCAGAACUGACUCUGGUUCAUCAGGACUCAUAGACUCUCUGCCCUGUGCAAAGUCAGACACACUACAUACACAGCAGGCAGCAUCGAAGGGCAGUCGCAAAGACUUCUGGGACAUCCUGAAUGAGGGUAAUGAGGAGAGUAUCAACAGGCUAACGGACCCAGCAGAAGUGCAGAGGGUUUGCAUCAAUGCUAACUUUGCAGCUAGAAGUCGAUCCGCACAAGAGGAGAGCAAGAGUCUCUGGAAGACUAACGAGAAGUUCAUCUGGAAGAAAUAAUACAGGAGAGACGGUUAGAUGGUGCUCAAGGUUCAUUUUAAACUCUUAUUACUUAUUUUACUUUUGCAUUUCUAAAGGAGAUGUAUAAAAAAAACAACCUCAAUGGAUAUUUAAGGCAGGCUUUCCUGCCUCUCAUUGUCUGAAUAGAUUUUAUGUUCUUAUUUUAAAAUGUUGUAUUACUUGUACUUUUUACACCAAUGAUUUGAAAAUGUUCAGUGUUAAUUUAGUGAAUUAAUAGCACAGUGGUAAAUGUUACCUGAAUAAACAGGGUGUUAAUCACUCUGGAAA